AUGCCACGUAGAUUAUCGACAGAUCUUCAUUCCUUUCAUAUCCAAUUUUCUUCUUCGUCUCCUUUUCUUUUUCUUCUUUUUUCUUUUUCUUCUUCUUCUCCUCCUCCUCAUUCUCUUUCUUCUUUUCUUCUUCUUCAAUUUUCUUCUCCUCCUUCUCUUCUUUUUCUUCUUUUUCUUUUUCAUGUUCUUCUCCUCCUCCUUCUCUUUCUUCUUUUCUUCUUCUUCAAUCUUCUUCUACUCCUCCUUCUUUUUCUUCUCUUUCUUCUUCUUCUUCUUCUUAUUAUUAUUAUUAUUAUAGUCUUCUUCUUUUUCUUCUUCUUCUUCUUCUUCUUCUUCUCUACUUAUUAUUAUUAUAGUCUUCUACUUCUUCUUCUUCAAGUUUUCUUCUCCUCCUUCUCUUCUUUUUCUUCUUUUUCUUUUUCAUCUUCUUCUCCUCCUCCUCCUUCUCUUUCUUCUUUUCUUCUUCUUCAAGUCUUCUUCUUCCCUUUCUUCUUUUUCUUUUUCUAA